GUUAUUCCCUCCGAGAUUGACGAACUACAAACAAACAACAACAAUAUGUCCCUACAAUCCGAUGCUGUGUUUCAAAAAAUUAUCGAUGGCCUGCAAGACAAUCAGGCAAAGGCGAAAGCCGUGAAUGGCGUGUUCCUUUACAAGAUUACUAAGGAUGGCAAGGUGGUAAAGGAGUGGACUCUCGAUUGCAAAAACGCCAAGGCCUAUGAGGGCCCGGCGCAGGGCAUUAAGGUAGACACCACCCUAACCGUUUCGGACGAGGAUAUGGUUGAUAUCGCCCUCGGAAAGCUCAAUCCCCAGGCUGCCUUCAUGAAGGGAAAAUUGAAGAUUGCCGGCAACAUAAUGCUGACGCAGAAGUUGGCGCCGCUCCUCAAAACGGACGCCAAGCUUUAAAUGGAUACAAAAUCAGUUUUUAACGCAUUCCCGCACCCACAACAACAAAAGCAGCUACAACAAAUUCAACUGCAGAACCUUUCCUUAUAAAUGAGUUUAGAUGGAGGCUACUAACAGCUUUUCAUAAGUAAUGUA